AAAUGUAGCAGGGUUUCUGCUCCCGUGGAGCUGAACUCUUCCUCGCAGAAGCAAGGGCUUGAGUCGAGCUCUGGGUUUGUCGUCAGAGGGUUUUGUUUAGUGCUCAGAUGAGAAGGUGGCCAUAGCAGGAAGCCAUGGCCAGAUGGGAUCAUUUUCAGCUUUUCCAGGUUUGGUAGGAUUUGUUUGUGCUGAACUGUGUUUGAGAACUCUAAGAGAAACACAGAGGGCUGCACUGAGAGGAAACCAGGCUGGUGUUUACUCAGCACUGCAGCCACAUGGAUGGGGCUGUUGGGAUAUACAUUGAUUCGGGCUCGUUUGGACUGCAGAAAACUGAACUUCCUUGUAUCCUGGUAAUUGAAGCUCCGAAGUUUGCAUUUGCAACGCUUGUCAUGGUAAAGCUACAGUUCUAUUCAUAUUGAACUUGGCUAGUUAAUCUUUAGUAAUUUGCUAUUUCCAGAUUAAGCCGAGUUGGGAGUUUUCCUCUUGUGACUGUGUGAAACACUUGGUGUCCAUCAGUGUUUUAUCUCAUAGGUGCCUGGAUUUCAGCCCUUGUAGGAGAAAUGUUUCCCUCUUGGGACUGUGCUUAAGAAAUACCUGAGAAAUAAAGUUGCUUCUUUAGGCUGAGUAGGUAGGAGCUCUAAAAGAUUAAAGUUUAGAAUGCCUUCCAUUGUAAGAACUCAGCUGUAGAGGUUUCUAAGACAUUCAGGCAGGGUUGACUUAAGUGACUUUCUGACUUUGGUUUUUCUUACCUUGUGGGCUGCAAUUCUUGAUUCCGGUUGCCUCCCUCAGGCUGAGAAUUUUUGGAAGGCAACAGCAAAACACUUUAGAACAACAUUGAGCAGCAUGAGUGAAUCUUGAGUUAGGAUUAGGUAACAUCUAAGCAACCUUGCUCUUUCUUGUCUAUGUUUAGCAAUUGCUGCUAACCUUCCCACCAGACCUAUGGAGCCCCGAGGGAUUGUCAAAGCCUUUCCCAAGAGGAAGAAGGUGAGGGAUGACUUGGGGAAAAGCAUCCCUCCAAAGAUCCCAAAAGAGGAAGGAACAGACAUACCUGAGGCAGAGUGGCUGAAACCUGUCAUCGCCUACGUGCUGCAAGCUGGCCUUGGCCAGGCCAGGGCGGAGAUCUUCCACAGGCAGAUUGUGCUGCACGGGGGGGCCGUGCACAGCCAGCUGUCCUCGGAGGUGACCCACGUCAUCGUGGCUGAGGACAUGGACUGCGACCGCGCCCUCCGGCUCCUCCGGCUGACCAGGCUGCGCCCGGGGCUGCAGCUGGUGAAGGCAUCCUGGCUCAGUGCUUGCCUCAGAGACCAGAAGCUGCUGAGUACUGCUGGCUAUGGUGUCUUUGUCCCUCACAGGUACCUGGAGGAGGAACAACUCCAGAAAGAACAGCAACAGAUCCUGGAUAGAGAAGAAAUCCAGCCCCCAGCAGAGGAGGGAGCUGUGAAACCGAAUGCUGAAUUGCAGGGAGAGGAUUCCUCACAGCGAGGCUUGGGCACCCUUGGACAGCAGCAACUGGCUGAGAAAUACUCUGAUGAUGAAGACAGUGAAGGAGAAGAUGCUGGUGUCACCCAGGGAGACCUGGAAGCAUUGAUUACUGGCCACUACCCUGUAAAAUCAUCAGAGGAGAUCAGUGACAGCUCUUGCACAGUGGCCCAGCCUCCCAGCAAGUGGGUUUGUGCUCUGUCUUCCAACACCAAGAAGGAAAAUCACAACCAAUGCAUCACAGAGAAACUGGAAGUUCUGGCAAAGGCUUACUCUGUCCAGGGGGACAAGUGGAGAGCUCUGGGCUACACCAAAGCAAUCAAUGCACUCAAGAGCUACCACAAACCAGUCACCUCCUACCAGGAAGCCUGUAAAAUCCCUGGGAUUGGGAAGCGUAUGGCAGAGAAGAUCCUGGAGAUCUUGGAGAGUGGCCACCUGCGCAAGCUGGAUCACAUCAGUGAGAGUGUGCCUGUGCUGGAGUUAUUUUCCAACAUCUGGGGAGCAGGAGUCAAGACAGCUCAGAUGUGGUACCAGCAGGGUUUCCGGACGCUGGAUGACAUCCGCAGCAAGGCCACUCUGAGCAGCCAGCAGGCUGUGGGGCUGAAGCACUACACGGAUUUCCUGGAGCGCAUGCCUCGCGAGGAAGCUGCAGAAAUAGAGCAGACGGUCAGACAAGCUGCCCUGGCCCUGAAGCCUGGUCUGGUGUGUGUUGCCUGUGGCUCCUACCGUCGGGGGAAGGCCACGUGUGGAGAUGUGGAUGUGCUGGUCACUCACCCCGAUGGGCAGUCUCACCGUGGGGUGUUCAGCAAGCUGCUCGACAGCCUCCGCAGGAGCGGCUUCCUCACAGAUGACCUGGUGAGUCAGGAGGACAAUGGUGAUCAGCAGAAGUACCUGGGCGUGUGUCGCCUGCCCGGGCCGGCGCGGCGUCACCGCCGGCUCGACAUCAUUGUGGUGCCGUACCGGGAGUUCGCCUGCGCCCUGCUCUACUUCACGGGCUCGGCGCACUUCAACCGCUCCAUGCGCGCCCUGGCCAAGACCAAGGGCAUGAGCCUGUCGGAGCACGCGCUCAGCUCGGCCGUGCUGCGCGGCCCUGGCGGCGCCAAGGUCUCAGCUGGCCACACCCUGCCCACUCCCACCGAGAGAGAUGUCUUCAUUCAGCUGGGGCUGCCCUACCGGGAGCCCUCCGAGCGGGACUGGUGAUGCCUGGUGGUCACCCUGGGCUUGCUGCUGUGCUGCUGCUUUGAAGGAUCUGAUUUCUGUGGUGCCUGCAGGCUGAGGAACAUAUCCCAGCAAGCUGGGGCUCCCUUCCAAACGUGAGGCCCAGCUGCUGGGCACAGCUCUGUGGCUUCCUCAGCAAAGGCUAUGGGCUGGAAUCACACUGGAAGUGCUGUCUUGGUGUGGCUACCAAAAGGGCUCACUGCCCAUCAGCUACCCUGGUCCUCUCUCCCCAACAAUGGAAGAUUGGGCUGCAAUCUUCUGAUCCAGUCCCUGACAGUGCUUGGGAAUAAGGGAAGUGAGAUGCAUCUUCCUCUGUAUCUGAGCACUGAUGCUCCAAAAUUUCUGUUCUGAGCUGUGAAUGAAGGUAGCAGAGGUCUAGCUUGGUUCUGUGACAGGCCUUCCUGCUCACUACUGCUGGCAGCUGCAGGGUUCUCAAGGGGUUAACCUGUGCUGCUGCUGUGUCCUACCGUCUCAGCUGAUGUGUCCUUUGAUGGGCCCCAUUGCACAGGGGCAGGCUGCUGAGACUGCCACCAGCUUUCCCUGGUGCCAGCUAAGGCUUGAAAGAGAUGUAGGGACCAGAGGUGCUGUGCAUGCUUGCUCCCAGCCUUGUGUUCUGAGGAUCCUCCAGAUUUACUGAGAGCCCUGCUCUGGCCCAAGAAAACUCUUCUUGGUUCAAGCUCUUCUUGGGGAGCUGUGCUCAGGAAGGGUUUGAAUGUAAUGGCACUGACUGUAACCCAGGAGGGCUGUGUGUCUGUCUAUAGGAGGCAUGGAGACAGACAGAAACACAAGGAGAUAGUUAAGUUCUAACUGGGGCAAAGCUAAGCUUUUUCCCUUUCUUUUGUGUGGAAGCCAUGGAGUCAUCUGGUCUUUGAUCAGGGAAAGUGUGUUUUGUGUAUACAUGUGCAUGGGGCUGGUCCCACCAGUUCCAUGGGAAUGAAUUUUCUUUCUCAGGAAACCUUGACUAUUUUAUAUUGUGGAGAUGAAUUUCCCAGAGACAUUGAGUGCUCUCUCUGUUGCAGGUAUUGCAGUGGUUGCUUCUGGCAGAGGUGCCACGGUGGGUAUUUCUGUGCCAAGACCCCAGGGCUCUUGCUCCCUUGUGGGGGAUCUGGCCCCAUCAUGUACAGUGACAAAGCUGCAUGUUUGCUGCUAGAGCAGGCACAAGCUGGGUGGGCUUGCACAAUUCCUGUGGCUGCUGGGCACCAGCAGGGCUGGGGCUUUGCUGGGGUGGCCCAGACCCCAGCAGUGGCAUUUGUCAGCCCAGACUUUCUGCUGGACACCCUAGGGAAAUGAAUGUCUUUUGGUAUGUCUUGGUGCUUUGAAAUUUGAAGUGUAAUAAAUAAAUCCUUGGUAUCUCUA